AUGGACGAACUAUAUGAGCAUCUAAAGAUAAUCGACUACAGCCUAAUAUGCUUUAUAAAUAAAUACAAAAUCCUGUACAAGUACAUAAAACAAGUAUUGGAUAUUUUUGUACAUACAAUAGAUGAAUACCAUAGACUAAUACAAAAGAUUACUUCUCUACACAAGCAAAGUAUUUACAAUUCUGUUCAUAACAAUUUUGUCCAACUCAAAAAGGAUGAGGAGAAGCAGAGAGAACAAGAUAAGAACCUUACAGAGAUAAAGGAAAAAUUAAAAAAGGCAACAAAACUUACCAAGACAAAUGUAGAAUUUGCGGAAUUUGAGGGUGGUGAAAAGGAGUUCCAAAUUGACACAAACUUGAAAGUAAACUUUCCCUAUGACACAGCAGCCUUAUACCGAUUCAGGCAUUAUAGAAAUGCCUUUCUAAAGAAAUAUUCAACAAUAACUAAGAAUGACAAUUACUUGAAUGCAAACGAACAAAGGAAACUUUUCCUGAAAAAGCUGAAAUGCUCAGCAAAGGUUAACCAAGAAAGAGUGAAUCAAAAGGAUGGCAUUUUUAAGGACAGCAAUUUUAAGGACAAGAUUUUCGAGGAUGAUUAUAAAAACUUGCUGAGAAUAUUGAAUGAAAAUCAUAUUUUUAAAGAGUCUCAAAAAUUAAAAGAAAUAUUAAUUGUAGGUAAAUUUUUGAACAAAGCUAAGACAAUUGUUAAUGACAUCCCACAGUUUUUGUGCACGAUCAUUGAGGAAUUCGAGAUGACUGAAUCUGCCCUUCAGAACAACAUGUACCUGUUCAUACUUUUGGCUUUGAAUAAAUGGAUCAAGAAGAUAUUAAGCGAAUGCGAACGAUUCAUCUUGUUUAACAAGAAAAAGGAACACACAAAGAAAAUAGAAGGAGUGGAAAUUUACAAAAAGAUGAACGAAUAUAUAAAUGAUAUACUUCAAAGAGGAGCUGAGCAGACAAUAAUUUUUAACGAAGAAAAGAAACAGUACCUUUAUUCCUAUCCAUAUGGCAUAAAUUUUAAUGUGAAUACAUCAUUUUUGACUUACUUUUUUUUCUAUAUGAACAAAAAUUUGUUCAGUUUUGUAGAGGGAUUUUAUACAGAUUCGACUAGAGUGAAACAAGAAGAAAAAAAAAAAAAAAAAAAAAAAAAAGUGUUAAUUAAGUUUGAUUCACAAGGAAAGGAGAAUAGUUUGUAUAUGAAUAGUGACAUAUACAAUUAUAAGCUCCAUAAUGAAUAUGACGAAUCUGAUGAUCAUUUGUCUAAUUUGAAAUUUUCUAUUGACCAACAAGACAUAUAUCCUAACAUAUUUUUAAUUUGUAAUUAUCUCUUAGCUGAAGAAACGAAAAGGAGCAUUGAUGUGAUAUAUCAGAUGCAGAGAAAUUCUUUUGACUUAUUGCAUUGUCAAGACGCUUCUAUAAUUAUUCAAGUGUUGAUCUCCUUGUUUGAAAAUUUAAAAGUGCUUUUCAAGGAUUCACUAAAAAGGGAGGACCUCCACUUUGACAUCGAUGCUGAGAGUCAGCGUGGUCGUCAGAAUGCCAAUCCACAAGGAGGCCAAGAAGGAGGUCACGAACUUUGUAAGAUGCCCCACGAAACGGGAAGCAGUGUCGAGGAUGGGGAAGAUUCAUAUGAUGAUUUGAGGAAGUUCAUUUCAAAAACGAGCUUAAAUUAUACAUGUUCCAAUUCGUAUGUAAAAAUUUUACACCCCAUAAGGCUAAUGCUCUUAAACAUAUUGAAGCUUGUUCAUGUGACAACAAAAGAUAGUAGGCAUAGUAGUGUGUGCACCUUUUGGGAUAAAUUAAAUAUACCCAUGAUUGAAAUGGAUGAAAUGGAUGAAAUGGAUGAAAUGGAUGAAAUGAACGGUCCUUGUCAUCAUAAGGAUUGUCAUUAUAAAGAUGAUAAGACUGGAAUUACUCAAAAGUACAAUGAAAAUGGUGAAUCACAAAGUCUAGAAAAAGAUCAACAGUGCUGUGUACGUCAACAGAUAUACCUUCGAGAUAAGCUCAUUCCUAUAAAAAAUCAGUGUUCUGAAAACAACUGUUACUUUUUUCAAAAGAAGAAAAGACUUGGAAGUGAAAAAGAUCUUAUAGUAAGAAACCACCCACACGAAUCCAUGGAAAGAGCCAUACAAAGGAGAAUACUAUGCCACGAUUUUCACAAAAUAGUGUUGGAUCAGGUUAAGGAUGCUAAAACGAGAAUCGAAAAUAAAUGUAACAGAGAUGAAUACACAGGAAUUUUACUCAAAAGAAAUAAUAGGUAUAACAUAGAUGGUGACGUGAACAGUAGCAAGAGUAAAAAACCACGGGGUGGGUCGUUAUCUCAUGCGGAGAGGAAGAAUCUCCCAAGGGUGGGCCCCACAGCAAGUGCAUCAAGAGGAGCAGCGAAGGGAACACUCAGAGGUGCACUCAAAGGAGCACCAAACGGACGAGGAAGCAAUCGAACAAGCGACCCGACGAAACUAAUGACAGGAGUGAAUCACAAAAUUUCUCCCAAAAUUGAAAAGAAAUGCAAUGUAGUGGGUAGACCUAUGCAAAUGGCCACUUCAGUUGCGUACUCAAAAAGAGGCAUUCCUCCAGAUAGUAUUAUAUCCCAAAUAUCAAAUAGAUCAAACCGAACACGUGUGACCAAUGUAAGAAGUGCAUUAUCAUCUAUCAAGUUGAAUUCAGAUAACGGGGGUGAAAAAAAAAAAAAAGAAAAAAAAAAGUCGUCCUAA